AUGUCAUUACAAAGACGUCGUGUAAAUAAAGCAGAGGUAGGUGGAACAAGCGUUGAGCUAACUCAAAGGAAACAUGGUGAAGAUGAGGACGAUAAGGGCUCUCAUAAGGUAGCAUAUGAUCCAGAGGAUCAGAAACUGAGAGAGAACACUAAGGAGCCCACGCUUACUCUGAUGGAGGAGGUGCUUUUGAUGGGGUUAAAGGAUAAAGAGGGAUAUCUUUCGUUUUGGAACGACAGCAUUUCAUAUUCACUUCGUGGAUGUAUUUUGAUUGAAUUAGCGCUCAGGGGGAAAAUUCGUGUUGUGGAAGAUGCAGCGAGAAAGCGGUUCGAUUUAUCUGAGAGAUUAGUGGAAGUUAUAGAAACCAGUAAAACGGGGGAGGCGCUGUUGGAUGAAACGUUGUCCUUAAUGAAAAGUAAUGAGCCAUUAUCAAUUGUGAAUUGGAUUGAUUUGUUGAGCGGUGAAACAUGGAAUUUGUUAAAGAUCAGUUAUCAGUUGAAACAGGUCCGAGAACGACUUGCGAAGGGAUUAGUUGAUAAGGGAGUUUUGAGAACUGAAAUGAAAAACUUUUUCCUGUUCGAUAUGGCUACGCACCCAGUUGCCGACAGCAGUUGCAAAGAAUCAAUCAAACGUAGAAUGCUGUCUGUUUUGGUACCUAGGAAUGUUUCAUUGGACUAUACAGAGUACUUUCCAGAAAGCGUUGCGUUCAAAUAUUUGCGAACGAUAGCAUUGAUUUGCGGGGCAUACGGUGCCAAUGUCUUGGAAAAUGUUCUUUCUAGUUUAGAUUAUGAAAAGAGAGAACGUGGAUUUUCUCGUGCAGAAGAGAUUCUAACCCAGUUCUCUCAAUAUCCGUUUGCUCUCGAUAAGGAUGUAGAGACAGGUAUCUCAGUAAACCUGUAUAAUCAGGUAAAGGAGGAAAUUGGGAAGAACCCUGGCACUGGUUUGCAGUUAGAGGUUGUAGCAGGCGUUUUUGAAGUAUUUUCUCGCAUGGAUAACUUCUUGUGA